UUCUUCCUCUUUCCUACAACUUUCCUUACUGCAAGAGGUUUUCUCAGGUAGUGUCCAUCAGUUAACCUAAUCAAAAGGGUUUGGAUUUAAGAUGGGUUUCCUGCCUUUUAUCAAGUUUGCAUUGAUUUGCCUUGAUGCUCUUGCAUGGCCUCUCUUUGCUUUGGGUUAUCCUCUGCGUGCUUCAAUUCAUGCAAUUGAAACUAAUUCGUACUCGGACACCGAGAAACUGGUAACCUACUGGGUAAUCUUCUCAUUGAUUUCCCUGUUUGAGCAUGCUUUCAUGGGGAUGCUUCAAUGGCUACCAUUAUGGCCGUACGUGAAGCUGACGAUCAUCUGCUUGAUGGUGAUUCCCCAUUUUGACGGUGCUUUUUAUGUGUAUAACCACUUUGUUCGCCCAUGCAUCAAUGUACACAUUCAUACUAUCUGCAACUGGUUCAACAAGUUUCAGGGUUCCUUUUUGAAAGACUAUGUUCUUGCUAAGGCAGAUAAAGAUGUGAAGGGUUUGGAGAAACCUAUUGCUAGUGAGUCAUAAUGUAGUCAAAGGACACAAAUUCUAGCAUAUUGCAGAAAGACAUGAAAGCUGUACAAGUACCAGAGAAUAAAGAAGUUUGUCCAGUGAACCUGAUUCCUGAAAUAGAGCCUAAUGCUGGUAAGAAAGUGAACGGUGUGAUGGCGGUUCCCGAAAUGAAGGGAGAAGCGGGUUUUUGUUGUCCGGAGAUACCUUUGGAUAAGCUGCAAGUUCAACAGGAGUGGACCUGUGCAAUGUGUCAAGUGACAACCACAAGUGAGACAACCUUGAAUUACCAUCUGCAAGGAAGGCGGCACAGGGAUACUUUGGAGGAGCUAAUGAAGGCAAAGAACCAGCUUCCUAAAGGCAAAGUUUCUUAUGCAAGAAACAGCCAUCUGCAAGAAUCUGCUUCUUCAGUGGCUUGUAACACAUCAAACACUAGAAAAUCUAAUGUGGUGAAAGACAAACCAAAGAAGUUGUCGGUUCCGAACAAUUUGUCAAGAAAUCAAGAGGUAAAAAGCCAGAAGAAAGUUGGGAAGAAACCUCAGUUUCGGUGCACCAUCUGUAACAUAUACUGCUCUGGUUCAGAGGACUUGAACAAUCACCUUUGGGGAAAGAAGCACUUGGCCAGAAUUCAGGAACUCAAUACUCUUGCUUGAGUGAUCUAUCAACAGGGAAGUUUGUGUAAUCCAUCUUGGAAUUUUACUACUGUAAAACGUUAAGAGGAAAAAAAAUUAUUACUAUAAACAUGAUGUCUCUAUUAGAAAGUU